AUGCCUUAUAAUACCCGUCGCAAGUCGUUGUCUCUUCCGUCGCUGGGUAUUCACCUCCCUAGCGCUUCUCGCCGUUCUCCAUCCACCUCAAAAUCACCACACGCGACCGACGACCAGCCACAUCAUCCCUCUAAAAAAGUAAAGAGGUCGCACGACUCGAAUUCACAGUCGCCAGAGCCUUCCCUUGCCUCCGACGCGCCCUCCACGAGCGUGAAGCAACACUUGUUUGGCGGGCGCUCGACUGGUCGGCGCGCUAUUUUCGAACAAACGCCGCCGGCAUCGCCUAUUCACGGUGUCGCCCCCAAAGUCGAUACGGAGGGCAUCAACGAUGACAUCGUGGUCGCUGUGAUCGAGCAACUGGAAAAGACGGGAAAUCGCCCACAUCUAGUAAAAGAGCUUGCCGCCGUUCUCGUUACUCUAAAUGAUAAUGUCGCAAACUCUGCAAACCCUGCUGCUCUAUUGUCCUCGCGGCUAAGCACAUACAUGAAGCGUCCUUGGACAGCCCUGGCGCCUUGUCCAUUGAGCAAAGAGCUCAUCCGCAUCCAUCCUCGGAAAGUGUACUAUUACUUGACCACGUCAGCUCGCCAACCUCUCCCUGAGAAUUCGGACGAUGCCAUUAUCCCCGGCGUCGAAGGGAAACAUUUCACUCCCAGCGUGUCCAGUGCAGACCUCGACGAGGAAGACGCGUUGGCGCGGGAGCGGUCGCGUCUGAGCCCUAGCCCUGAGGUGGACCUCUCGUCCCCGGACUUUGAGACCGAAGACAUUGAUUUGGACGGUCGCGCCGAUCCCAACAGUGUCGCAAGACACAGCGGUGAAUUUCCCGACCAUUCUCAUCAAGCGCGGUUGUUGCAUUCGAAUCGCGCUGCCUCCCCGCCACUGGAGGGCGAUGAAAAGGAAUUCACUCUGACUGCUAGUGCUGUUCGCGAGCGGGCCUCGGAGCAAAAAGCUGUCCGGCUUGAAACGACCAAGGGCGCGUUUUCUGCGCUCACCGAGGGUCUCAACGAGUUGGACGAUGGAAGCAUGAGCAUCUCGGAGACCCCCAUCGAUGACAGCUCGCUGUCGUCCACCAGCGGGGACCGGAUGUCGGACAGCCCAGACACAGACUAUUUUUCCCAAGGAGGAUUCUCGGAACAGCCUUCGCUUCAGGAACAGUUGCAGUUGCACGAAAUGGAUGAGGCCGCCGUAGUCACUCUCUUCGGAACUUCACCCUCCCCGUCCCUCACAUCCGUGGCCUCAUCCCUCUCGUCUGGAACGAGCGUGGCCUCGGAUGAUGGGUUGGACUCUGAGGAUCGCUCUGGCGCCAUCGGUAGCACCCCCCAGAUCAGCCUUCCUGAGGACCCCGAGGGUGCGUCAGUCUCCACAUUGAAGCGGUCCAUCGACAUGUUGAACAGUGAGCUGCCUGAUCUUGACAUGAAAAUGUCAGAUCUGGCCGAGCAGGAGAGCAAACUAUCGUUGGGCGCCAGAGACAUCAUGAGAGCCGACAUCGAGAUGGCUUUUGAUGACUCGUGGAAGGAGUUACAGAGUCCUGAGACCGUUGGAGUUCAUGAGCUAGACGAGAUGUUUGGCGAAAUCUGA